GCUCUCAUCGUUUAGUUGUGCGCCUGACGCGCGCUCGAGCGCACAGCCCGACUGUCCACAAGCGACUUCAGAGAGAACUACUGAGCGCACACGCUUCAGCUGAGCCGAGACCGAAUUCAUUUGUUCAUUUGAGCUUUAUUCGCCACUAAAGCAGUACUUUAUAAAACACAGGGCAUGGUGACUGUGGAACGGAGGAAUUCUCUCUUCGACGGCUUCAGCGGAGAUUCAGCGUUGAAUGAAACUGUCCGCAAAAUUACCUGCCAAAUGCGCAGAUGUGUCGAGUGUAGUGAGAGUAGUACCGUAUAAUCAACUAUCAACAAACUUCUGUUGCUUUGACUGAGAUUGAAACGUCAUGGCAUCAGUGUCGUGGAGACAUGCGCUUUUCUUCUUGGUUGUUGUGAAUCUGUCUGUGCUAACGACAGCAUGCAGCAGUCACUAUGGAAAUGCCAUUGAGGAGUUCUGCCUGGCCAAGUUCAAGCUGGACAUGGAGGUUCUCGAUCAGCGCCAGUGGUGCAGCUGGGAGGACACAGUUGAGUCCUAUGGAGAACUGACCAACUGCACGUUCCUGGUGGCUCUGAAGAUGAACUGUUUCUGGCCCAACCGAAUGGUGGAUGAAUUCUUCAUCCGGGUGCACAGGCAUUACUUUCAUGACUGCUCGUUGUCUGGACGGCUGCUUCACGAUCCACCCAAUCGGAUCUUGGGGCCUUUUAUCGUGGUGCCUAUUCUGGUGACGCUUCUCAUGACUGCUCUAGUGGUGUGGAGGAGUAAACGCAGCGAGGGAAUCGUAUAAGCCUCCGGCAACCUGUAAUUAAUAAAGUACCUCCACAAAGAACAAUUGAGAAGGAGAAAUUUCACAGACUGCAUACACUAAGAAAGACUUGUUUCUCAUCAAGUGGUUGUAUGUUGAAAUCCUUAUAGUGAACGCUGUCACUGUUAUCUGCACACAGAUAACAUACAACUCAUUUAUAUGGACAAAAACUUUCAACACAGGUAGUUUUCAAUAAUAUGUUUUGUCAUGCCAUCAUUCUUUUUGUAAAACAGAUCUCAAAUCUGGAUGCAAGUCAUUAUCGUGAUGAUGGAUAAGUUUCACCUUUGAUGGAUACACACCAGACUAAAGGGAGGACAUUGUUAUUCCCAUGAGUUUGACAAACCUUUAAUGUCAUGUGAACCCUGGACUUGAUCACUUUGUGUUACCCAUCAACCUCAAUGCAUUUCACACUUAUAAAUGUGCUUUGUGCCAAAUUAUGACAUUCAUUCAGUCAUGAUUAAUAUAAACUAUCAGAUAUUUUGGUAAGAUAUUCAAAAGGCUGUAAAAAAUUCUGAUGCUUUGUAAAUGUAUCUCUUAUAGACAAGCUAACCCCACAAUGUAUUGCUACAUCAAAAAUUUCCAAGAUUUUGGGGAGCUGCGAUAAAUUGAUACUUUUCAAUAAUGAAUGAAAUCAAUAAAAAUCUCAAAUUAAAUGUAAAAAUUGAUUAUUGGAUCCAAUGUGUGGUAUAUAUGUGCAGUUAAUGCAGAUGGUUCUUGUAAAAGAAAAUAGUAAAGUGUGGCUUCUCGUGCAGAUCAUGGUAAAAUCUGUGAAUUUAUAUAAAUACACCACAAAUUAGUCAAAAAAAAAAAAAAAGUUAGUCAAAUGUAUAGUAUUUAAAAGGCAAGUCACACUGCACCAGAUGCAACCAAUGGCCACCUGAUUACAAUACAUCGCUUAGACUUUCCAAGACCCAGCAAACAAUCAGCGAAAACGAGUGCCGACAAACAGCAACAGACAUUGAUGGGUAAUACACUGAUCUGACAAAAAACAAUGAACAUGUCUGUUAACGUUUGUCUGUGUCUGUUGGUGCAGUGUGAAUUGUAUGGAAGCCAGUUUCCACCACUGAAUAAAAAAAUGAAAAAGGCUAUUGAGAAUUUCUGUCUCAAAAUUUUUAUCUCAGAAUUGGGAGUUAUAAAGAUAAAAACGUUCAAUUCUGACUUUUUUUCUCGCAAUUCAGAUUUUGUUCUCGCAAAUUUGAGUCUGUAUCUCCAAAUUGACAUUUUUCGUGUAAAUGCGAGUUUGCGAGUGUUUUUCUUGCAAAUGCAUGUAGGAUCUUGCAAUUCGGACUUUUUUCUCGCAAUUAAGAUUUUUUUUUCUCAAAAUUAUGAGUUUGUAUCUCGCAAUUCCAAAUUUUUUCUCACAAAUGUGAGUUUAUAUCUUGCAAUUCUGACUUUUUUCAUGCGACUGUGAGUUUGUAUCUUGGAAUUCUGACUUUUUCUCACAAUUGUGAGUUUGUAUGUAGCAAUUUAAAUUUUUUCACGCGACUGCGAGUAUCUCACAAUUCUGCCUUUUUUUCUUGUUUGUAUCGCGCAAUUCCGACUUUUUUCUGUCAGAUGCGAAUUUUUAUCUCACAAUUCCGACUUUUUUCUCACAGAUGCGAGAUCUUGCAAUUCUGACUUUUUUUCUUGCAAUUGCAAGUUUGUAUCUCACAAUUCUGACUUUUUUCUUGUUUGUAUCUUGCAAUUCCGACUUUUUUCUGUCAGAUGAGAGUUUGUAUCUCACAAUUCCGACUUUUUUCUCACAGAUGCGAGAUCUUGCAAUUCUGACUUUUUUUCUUGCAAUUGCGAAUUUGUAUCUCACAAUUCUGACUUUUUUCUUGUUUGUAUCUCGGAAUCUCGACUUUUUUCUCACAAAUACAAGUUUGUAUCUCACAAUUCUGACAUUUUCAGAUACAAACUCGCAAUUGCGAAUUAUAAAGUCCAAUUUUGAGGGGAAAAACUAUAUGUUCUCAGAACUGUGAGUUUAUUUCUCACAAUUCUGAGAAAAGUCAGAAUUGCAAAAUGUAAACUUACAAUUGUAUGUCAGAAUUGUCAGAAUUGUGAGAUUAAAAGUCACAAUCAACUUUUUAAAAAUUGUAUUCAGGGGCAGAAAUAGGCUUCCACAGAAUUGGGCUGAAGCAAACUACUCUUGUUCAACAUCAUCUGUAUUUUUAGAAAUCUGACAAAACAGAAUGUCAUUGGGACAAUGUGCUAACUGUGUUACAUUCAAUCUUUUAAUUUGUUCAAAAGUCAAAAGUGUUUGUUCAGUUUAGCUUUAUCACAAAACCCCCAAAUGGGUAACUCUUCCUAAGUGAUGCACUGCAGGCAAUA